AUGAAAAAUUCAUAAAAUGUUCACUAAUUAAAAGAAGAUGAAAUCAAAGAAUUGAAGUAGUAUAUCUUAUAAAUGGAAUAAGAACCAUCAAUUUAUGAGAAUCUGAGUCAGGAUUAAAUCUUUGGAAUAGUUGUCAUUAUACUUACAAAAUCUUCGUAUCAUAGAACAUAAUACGAAAUUGAGAUUUUGAAGAAAGCCACAAAGCAUAUUGUGUAUUUUUAGAAACUGCUAGAGAAGGACUAAGGAGUCUUAUUAUGGGAGAGAUGUUUAAGAAAAAUGAGUUACACGUCCUUGAAAAAGGGGGAAACUCUGUUUAGAGAAGGUGAUGUGGGAACUACAUUCUAUAUUAUUCUAUAAGGUCGAGUGUCAAUACAUAAAAGAAUGUUCGUUGGAGAUUGCUAUCAAGAAAAAGAGUUAAUACAAAUGAGUGAUGGUUAAGCCUUUGGUGAGCUUGCACUAGAAAACAAUGAACCUAGAUCUGCUACUAUUACUGCUGUUGGUCCUACUCAUUUAGCAGUUUUAGAUGCAGAGGAUUAUAUGGUUAUCAAAAAGACUGUGAUAAACUAAUAAAGGCAGAUGUAUUUUGAAGAAUUUGCGAAACUCUCCAUAUUCAAAGAUUGGAAGUUUAUGAGUGUAAAAUCAUUGUUCGAUGUUAUGAAAUUAAAUAAAUUUAGAUUAAACCAUACUGUUUAUAAGGAAGGUGAUCCAUCUAAUGAAGUUUAUUUCAUUUAAACUGGGGAAUUUAAAGUUAUCAAAUGCUUAAGAAUGAAUAAAGAUAAAACUAAUAAUUAUUAAGACGUUGAUGAUGAUGUCUAAUUUUUAAAACAAUAGUUUGCUUACAAUAAACCUUCCUUAACAAAUCAAGAGAAAAUUGAUAAGUUAUAUCAAAAGAAAAAGUAUGGCAAUCUUAUCGCCAGUGACAAAAAGCUAAUUAUGACCUUAAAAUUCUUGGGGGCAGGGGAAAUGUUUGGAGAAUUGGAAAUCUUAAAAGCUCCAGACUUAUGCAGACAGUUUAGCUUAGUCUCUACAUUUGAAAGUAAUAAUGUUUAUUCAGUUUCCAAGAGGGAUUUCAUGAGAGUCCUCUAUUGCGAUCCUGCAUUAAAUAACAGUUUAACUGCUUUGAAUGAUAGAAAAUUAAAAUAAAUCAUAUAACAAAUAAAGGUUUAUGAAAAAAAUUUUAUUGAUCAAUCAGAAAAAAUUAACUAACUUGAGAGAACAUAAAAUAAAACUUUCUUAAAACCUGAAAAUCUCAUUCAAAUUCAAGAAGAUAAAUAGAAAUUACUAUUCAAUAGUACAAGUUAGAUUUUGAAGAUUAGUAGUAGGACAAAAUUAGACGACAAUAAACUAAGAGAACAGACUCUGACAUUGGACAACCCCGCUGAAUCAGAAUAAGCCUAUUUAAAUAAACUAUUGAAAUCAAGUCAGUCGGCUUAGCAUUCAAGAUAAAAAACUGAGGAACUAAUCAUUUAAUAAUCUUUAAAAUAUAAGAAUAAAAUUACGAAAUAAACUAAGAAACACAGAUCUCCUCCUGGAAUAUUGGGAACUGCUUUGGAAAAUAUCAGUUACCAUAUUCGAAGAUACCCUACACAAACUUCUACAAAUCAAAGAUUUCAAACAAGUCCAUCCUCUAAAUUCGAUAUGGAUAAUACAUAAAAAUCAAAAUUCUACUUUUCAACUUGCUUACCUCUAGUAUUGUAAAAUAACUAUUAUAGACUUAAAACUAAACAAUCAUAAUGA